AUGGCUGCGCAAACGAUUACUACAGCAGUCACCCUAUUCGCAGCGCCAAGCACGUUGAACUGCGGCACGUCGUAUAGCAAUGAAAGUCUCGCAUUUCAAUAUGCCAUCGAUGGCAAAAUACGAACUCUCUCCGACAACAACGCCCCAGCUGAGGAUUCAUACCGAGGACUACUAUUCGUUCCAACUCUCGAAGCGAUGGACACCUGCAACAACAUAACAGCGCCAUAUAUCCCUCAAAAUGUGACACGGCGCAUCGAUCUGCCAGAAUACGACCACGACAUCAUCGGUCUCGCUCCCUGGGUGAACAGGGACUGCACACAGGCAUAUCUCGCCGCGUCAAGACGGGAGAAUGCGCGGGCAGUCAUCUUCUACCAACCAAACAGCCGUGACACGAGCAAACCCCCCUCGAGCAACAGUGGGGUGUGGAAUCUGGGCGAUAGUGAUUACUGGAAAAAGGAUAACGACUUCCCCGUUUAUGCCAUCCCAGGCCCUUCGGGUUCGAGGCUUAUGCAUCAGUUAUCGGAGUACUCGCGACAAUCGACUGACAAUAGCAGUCUCGAGUCUUCUCCGGAAACAGCGUACUCGGUUCGAUGUGCGAGAUUAUAUACGCUUUUCAAUUUUGAAGCGGAUGCCCUCUCGUCGGUGCCGGGCAUCUGGGUCUUUAUCCUCGCCAUCCUGGGCGCACUCGUGUUUGUGAUGCUUCUCGCAUAUGUGAUAACGCAGCACGUGCAGAAAAAGCGACGAGUAAACUUGCAGCAAAGACUUGUGGCGGGGGAAAUCGACUUGGAACAUUUGGGCAUCAAGCGCCUUGUUGUUCCUCCCCAUUUGCUUUCGCAGCUGCCUGUGUAUGUCUAUCCGGAUAACACAGCAGAAUCGCCUAUAGACCCGGACUCCAAGACGCCUGCUUCCGAAGAAAAGGAGUCUCCUCAGGAACCCAAUUCAAAGAGUGAAGAAAAUGAAGAAUUGAAAACGCAAGCUCCUCAGCAGCUCCAUAAAAACGACAACCACCACCAGCAACAAGUCCAACAACAACAGCAAGAAAACUACGACGAAAGCAUCUCCGCCAUCCUCGAAGAAGUAACACCACCUCCACGCAUACGAAACAGAUACCGCCUGACAUUUUCGCAGCUAACAUGCGCCAUCUGCCUCGACGACUUUGUACCUGGCUCGUCACUUGUACGCGAGCUUCCGUGCACUCACAUCUUCCAUCCGGAAUGCGUGGAUGCAUUUCUCAUGCGCGAUGGGAGCACCUGUCCCGUGUGCAAGCACAAUGUUCUGCCGUCGUCGUUUAUAUCUGAGCAAGUAACCAACUUUAUGGUGCGGCGCGAGCAGCGGAUGCGGAGAUUGCAUAGUCAUCAUGACCGCGAGAUGGAGUUGCAGGGGUUGUACCUUAGCUUUUUUGAGAGAGUGCAGGCUCGAGUGAGGGGGUUGGUUGACAGGGCUAGAGGUCGUUCGUCGCCUUCUUCUUCCUCUUCGGAUGAGCAACAGCAACAACAACAACAACAGCAGUCUGAUAACUCCGAAGAGGAUCAUGACCCGUUCUCUUCAAGUUGUUUUGGUGAAGCCAACUAA